GGUGGAUUUCAUGUUGACUGGGACUAAACCUUAGGGGUAUAUUUUAUUUAUACUCCUUGUGUGUAGAGUGUAUCUGGAUCACCAUCUUGACUUUCAUCUGGAUUGGGUCUAUUUUUAUCCACAAAUAGACCCAUCUUACUGCUCUUUGGAGCAACUCAAUCACCUGAAUUAAUUUUAUUCUGUAAAGUGCUCUCGGGUACCGAGUAAGAGGAAGCGUCAUGAGUACUAAUGAACCAACCGACGAUGGAGGGGAACAGAAGUACGAUUUGGAGGACGAAGAGGAGAUGCCGCUUGCAGAGAGAGAUUUAGCAGACGACGCACCCUGGAAGAGAAUCCAGCAAAACACCUUUACAAGAUGGUGCAACGAGCAUUUAAAGGUGGCUCAGAAGCAUAUCAGCAGCUUAGAGACGGAUCUUGGCGAUGGUUUGAGGCUUAUUGCUUUGAUUGAGGUCCUCUCGCAGAAGAGAAUCUCCAAGUUCAACAAGAGGCCGACCUUCAGGUCCAUGAAAUUGGAAAAUGUCUCCAUUGCCAUCAAGUUCCUGGAAGACCAGAACAUCAAGAUUGUCAGUAUUGACAGUACUGACAUCGUUGAUGGUAAGUUGAAGCUGAUCCUUGGUUUGAUAUGGCUGCUCAUCUUGCAUUACUCUAUCUCCAUGCCGAUGUGGGAUGAUGAUGGUGACAUGUCAUCUGAUAAGAAGAAGCAGUCACCCAAGGAGAAGCUACUUGGAUGGAUCAACGGCAAGGUACCAGACACACCAAUCCAUAACUUCAACAAGGAUUGGAACAAUGCUAAGGCCAUCGGAGCUCUUGUGGAUGCUCUUGCUCCAGGUCUUUGCCCUGACUGGGAGGACUGGAGUCCUAAAGACGCUCUCAAGAACGCAACAGAAGCUAUGAAACUCGCUGAAGAUUGGCUGGAUGUACCUCAGGUGUUGAGGCCCGAGGAUAUGGUGAACCCUGCUGUUGAUGACCUGAGUAUGAUGACCUAUCUGUCUGCCUUCCCCAAGGCUAAGCUCAAGCCAGGUGCACCUCUGCGACCCAAGAGUAAUGCCAAGAAGGUGCGUGCCUACGGCCCUGGUCUUGAGGACGGUAAUGUGAUUUCCAAGCCUACUGAAUUCACCGUAGAAACCUUCGGUGCAGGCAGUGGGAACGUGGAAGUGCUCAUUAAGGAUUCUAAGGGCAACAAAGUGGAAAAUACCAUGAAAGCUAACAAGGAUAAGAAACAAACCUACACUGUAGAAUACACUGCCAAAGUUCACGGAAAACACACAAUCACGAUCACGUUCAAGGGAGUAGAGAUCCCUAAGAGCCCUUACACCGUCAACAUUGGUAACAUCACAUCUGAUGCUAGUAAGUGCUCUGCCAAGGGUCCUGGUCUAGAAGCUAGUGGUGUCAUCCUCAACCAGAAGACAUACUUUGAGAUCUUCACUGCUGGUGCUGGAGCUGGAACACCAACAGUUAUGCUACUUGGUCCUGAUGGUAAGGAGGUGAAAGCCACCAUCACAGACAAAGGCAAGGGCGUCUACUACGUGGAGUACACAGCAACUAUGGUUGGUACUUACAAGAUUGAAGUCAAGUUUGCUGGUGCUCAGAUUCCUGGUAGUGUCUUCAACGUCAAGAUCACCCAUGCCCUGAAUACAAGCAAAGCAUUUGCAUAUGGACGUGGUCUCCAACCCAAGGGCCAGCGUGUGAAGGAGGAAUGCGUCUUCUUUGUGGACACCAAAGAGGCGGGAGAGGCUGAACUGAAAGUGCAGAUCAUUGGCCCUGGUGGUGUCGAUGAACCUGUCAAGGUCACCUACAAUAACGAUGGUCUAUACACCUGCAAGUAUUCCCCUUACAAGCCGGGACGUUACAUUGUCAACAUCAAGUUCGGUGGCCAGCCUAUCCCUAAGGCUCCAUUCACUGUCAACAUUGGGCCUGAGCCUACUGGACCUAUCACCUUUGUGCGUGCCUUUGGACCAGGUCUUGAGAAGGGCGUGGUUGGCAAGCCAUGUGACUUCACCGUGGAAACCAAUGGUGCUGUUGGUGCUCUUGGCUUUGCUAUUGAGGGUCCAUCACAAGCAGAGAUCAAAUGUAAGGAUAACGGUGAUGGAUCAUGUGAAGUCUCCUACUUCCCUACCGUUGAAGGAGAGUACGCUAUCCAUGUCACCUAUGAGGAGGAAGAUAUCCCCAACAGUCCUUUCAUCGCCAAGGUUACACCCAAUCCUGGUGGAUUCGAUGCAACAAAGGUGAAGGCCUUUGGUCCAGGUCUGAAGCCAGACGGUAUUGAGAUCAAGAAGAAGACUGAAUUCACUGUGGAUGUCAAGAAUGCAGGCAAGGCUGAGCUGGUGAUUGACAUCAAGGACCAGUGGGGUAAUAAGGUAGCAUACGAGCUCAAGGACAACAAGAAUGGAACCUAUACUGUCUACUACACUCCUGAACAUCCUCUCAAACAUACCGUGGCUAUCACAUGGGGUGGUGUCAGCAUCCCAGAAAGCCCAUUCAAGGUAUCUGUUGGAGGUGGUGUGAGCAAGGUGAAGGUGUUUGGACCUGGUGUAGAGCAUGGCAUGGUCAAGGCUAAGACACCAACUCACUUUACCGUCGACUGCAAGGAGGCUGGAAAAGCUCCCAUCACUGUGGGCAUCAAGUCUAAAGCAGGUGUCAACGGACCCAAAGAGAAGGAGAUCCCAGUCCAAGUCAAAGACAACAAUGAUGGAACCUACGCUGCUCAGUAUACCCCAGAAUUACCAGGAGAAUAUGCCGUUGGAGUCAAGUAUGGAGGCACUGAGAUCCCUCAGAGCCCUAUCUCUGUCAGCGUUGUUCCAGAUGUAGAGGUUGGAAAGAUCCAGAUCACCGAUCUCCAAGAAAGCCUAGAUGUAGGCAAAGAAAACUCCUUUCAUGUCGAUACGUCUAAAGCUGGCGACGGAGAGUUGGAAGCUUUCCUCACUGGACCGGAUGGACAGAUCGUCCCUGUUAAGGUCGUUCCUGUUGAAUCAGGUUUUGAUGUCCAGUUCACACCAACAGAAGAAGGUCCACACAAGCUUGAUAUGAAGUAUGGUGGAUGUCCCAUGUUGGAUAAACCAAUCGAACUGGAAGCCAUUCCUAAAGCUGAUGCUUCUAAGGUCUUGGCAGAGGGCGAUGGUCUCAAAAAAGGCUUUGUUGGCAAACCCGCUGACUUCAUGAUAGACAUUCGCAAUGCAGGACGAGGAGGCUUGGGCGUUACUAUCGAAGGACCAAGCGAGGCUGAAAUCAACUGCGAAGAUAACCGAGAUGGAACUUGCUCUGUCAACUACACCCCAGACUCAGCAGGUGUCUACAACAUCAACAUCCUCUUUGAUGGGAAACACAUUGAAGAUUCUCCAUUCCAUGCCAAGGUAGUCGAUCCAUCACUUGUGAAGGCGAGUGGACCAGGUCUGACCAACGGAGCAUUCAUGGAUUUCCCCUGCACGUUUGAGGUAGAUUGUAGUGAAGCUGGACCAUACUUUGAUGAUGAAUACGACGACAAGUUUGCCCUCCCGGUCAACUGUAUGGCUGUUGGUCCAGAUGGUGACAUCCUGAAGGUGGAUGUGAAGCCCUUGGAGGAAGGGAUCUAUGAGGUAACAUACUACCCUGAGGAGGAAGGACCAGCCACUCUCAAUACCAUCUACUGCGGUCAACCUAUCCCAAACUUCCCCAAGGAAGUCCAGGUUCAGGAACCUAUCGAUCUUGAGAAGAUUGUGCUAGAUGGAGCAGGAUUGGAAAAUGCUGUGUUCCUUGAGUGCCCAACUGAUUUCAAGGUUGAUGCUAAGGCUCUUGAUAAACCACUGAACAAGGAUCUUUUCAAGACAGAGGUGACGACCCCAUCAGGAAAGAAACUCAAACCUACCAUCAAGGAUAACCAAGACCAGACAUUCACCUGUGCAUACACUCCUGUAGAACAAGGAACUCACAAGGUUGAUGUUGCCUUUGCUGGUCAACCUCUUGGUAAGUCACCUUACACCACCGAGGCAGUCCCAGGCCAUGAUACUUCCAAGGUGAAAGCCUAUGGUCCAGGACUUCAAGCUGGUCUUACCAAGAAACCAGCUCAGUUUACUGUUGAGACCAAGAACGCUGGCAAGGGAGGUCUAGGUAUCCUGAUUGAAGGACCAUCUGAACCCAAGAUGACCUGUAAGGAUAACAAGGAUGGUACAGCAUCUGUGGAGUACCUUCCAGUUGAACCUGGUGACUAUGCUGUUCAUGUCACCUUCGCUGAUGAAGCCAUCCCAGGGAGUCCUUUCCGACCCUCAAUCCAGGACUCUAUUGAUGCUAGCAAGGUGAAGGCACAUGGACCAGGUCUAUCUAAGGAUGGAGUCAGGGCCAAUGUACCUGCUAAGUUCACUGUCGAUGCUACCAAGGCUGGCAAAGCUCCACUUGAUGUCACUGUCAUUCAGGAGAAGGGUGGUCCAGAGAAGGCUAAGAUUGUAGACAACAAAGAUGGCACCUAUGAUGUGACCUACGUACCCAAGACAGAAGGACGCUGUCAAGUGGACAUCAAAUAUGACAACAAGAACAUCCCCGACAGUCCCUUCAACACCAAAGUGCUUCCUAAGGCUGAUGCAUCCAAGGUCAAGGUUGCUGGUCCAGGAGUACAGAAGACCGGAGUCUUGGCCAGUUUACCUGUGGAGUUCACUGUGGAUACUAGGGAAGCCGGUGAUGCAGAACUCAUCAUCUCUAUCACUGACAAGAAUGGUAAACCAGUGAAACCAGACAUCAAAGACAAUGGUGAUGGUACCUUCACAAUCUCCUACGUACCUACUGAUGUGGGCCAGUACACUGUUCUUGUGACCUAUGGUGGCAAGAAUGUACCUGCUUCACCAUUCAGUGUCAAGACCAGUCCUACAGGAGAUGCCAGCAAGUGCAGUAUCUUGGGUUGUAAGAGCGGCAAUUACGACAUCCCAGUCAGACGUGGUAGCUUAAAGAGUGCAGAGAGUACUACCACUACCCGUACCACUACCACGCGAACCACCACCACAAAAGAGACUAUCACCAAGACAGUGGUGGUUGAAGAGGAGACUGUGAUCAAGGUCAACUCUCGUGAUGCUGGUAAAGGUCGUGUGACCUGUACCAUCACUGGUCCUAACGGUCAAGAGAUACCUGAUGUGAAGGUCAUUGAGAAUCCUGAUGGAACCUUUGAUAUCAUCUGGACCUGCCCUGCUGCAGGAAACUAUGAAGUGGAUCUGAGGUUUGGUGGUGUCUCUCUCACUGGAGGACCUAUCACAAUCUUUGCUCAACCAGGACCCCCAGAGGACUUGAUUCAACCAGAAAGUAUCCAGGCUGUACAAUCUGCCCCAGAACAGUCCCUACGGCCGUCCAAUAUGCCUGUAGAUGCUUGUAGACCUCUUGACUUGGUCAUCCCUGUGAUUGGUGCAGGCUUGGGAUGUAUCUCAGGUCAGGUCAAGACACCAUCUGGCCGUAAGGAAAUACCAGUUAUCAUUGAGAACAAGGAUGGUACCAUUACUGUCAAGUAUUCACCAACAGAGACUGGACGUCAUGAGCUAGCUAUCAAGUACAAUGGAAAGGAUGUACCAGGCAGUCCAUUCCACUUCCAUGUUGAUGAGUUGAAGAGUGGUAAUGUGACAGCCUAUGGUACCGGUCUUACCCAUGGUAUCAGCAACGAGCAAUGUCACUUCAUCAUCAAUACCAAGGAUGCUGGUGCAGGUGGUUUGGCCCUUGCUAUUGAGGGACCUUCAAAGGCUGAGAUCAAAUGCGUAGAUAACAAGGAUGGUACAUGCAGUGUGACUUACUUCCCUACUAAGCCUGGACAGUAUGACAUUGUCGUCAAGUUUGCUGAUAAACACAUCCCAGGCAGUCCUUUCUCUGCUCAGGUCGUUGACAAGUCUGGUAGCAGGAUGUCGAUUGGCACACCUAGCGACGUUCCUCUGAAGAUUACUGAGUCCGAUCUCAGUCAACUCACAGGCAGUAUCCGUACACCUUCCAAGCAUGAAGAACCAUGUGCUCUCAAACGUCUCAAUAAUGGAAACAUUGGUAUCACUUUUACUCCCAAGGAGAUUGGUGAGCAUCUAGUGAGUGUAAAGAAGAGGGGACAACACAUCCCUAGCAGCCCCUUCAAGAUCAUUGUAGGAGCUCAAGAGGUCGGGGAUGCUUCCAAGGUCAAGGUCACAGGUCGUGGUAUCAAAGAGGCCCAAGCAGGUCAAAUGGCUCAAUUCCUGGUUGAUACUAGGAAUGCUGGUUAUGGAGGUCUUGGUGUAUCUAUCGAAGGACCAAGCAAAGCAGAUAUUAACUGUGAGGAUAAUGGUGAUGGUACCUGCCUUGUCACCUUCACACCCACUGAGCCAGGGACAUACAAUGUCAACGUACACUAUGCUGAUCAACUAGUACCAGGGAGUCCGUUCCAGGUUGCAGUACAAGGAGAUUCAACAGAGUUGCCUCUGAUCAGAGAGACCUUGGUCAGACCUACUAAGGCUACUCCAGUAUCCAACGUUGGUAGUGAAUGUGAACUUACAGUCAAGAUCCCAGGCACGGAUCCACUGGACAUGACUGCCCAGGUGACUAACCCAGCUGGACGUACAGUAGAUGCUGAGAUCAUGGACAGACCUGACUGCAAAUACUGUGUCAAGUUUGUUCCUGCUAUGGAGGGUGUACAUACAGUCAGUGUCAAGAACAAAGGCUUGCAUGUCCCAGGAAGUCCAUUCAUGUUCACAGUUGGUCCAUUCGGUGAGGGUGGAGCACACAAGGUCCAUGCCGGAGGUCCAGGACUAGAGCGAGGAGAGGUCAAACAACCAGCUGAGUUCACAGUCUGGACUCGAGAAGCUGGCCCAGGAAAGUUGGGCAUCACAGUAUCCGGUCCAGCCAAGGCUCCAAUCAACUUUGUUGAUAACAAGGAUGGUUCAUACUUGGUCUCCUAUGUACCAACUGUACCAGGUGAAUACGUGGUUGAUAUCAAAUUCAAUGACAAGCCAAUCCCAGACAGUCCUUACAAGCCUUUUGUUGUACCACCCCUUGGUGAGGCAAGGAGAUGCAGUGUAUCCAGCAUCCAGGAACAUGGUAUCAAGAUCAACCAUCCAGCCUCAUUCGUGAUUCAACUCAAUGGUGCUAAAGGUCAUUUGAAAGCAAAGUGUAAAUCACCAUCUGGAGCUGAGAUUGAUUGUGUUAUCACCGAGAUUGAUGAAGAGAAUUAUGCAGUGCGUUUCCUACCAACUGAGAAUGGAAUCCACAGUGUGGAAGUCUUCUUCAAGGAUUCUCCGAUCCCAGGCAGUCCAUUCAGGCUUAGGGUUGGUACAGUAGAAGAAGUAGGAGAUCCAGGACAUGUUCAUGCUUAUGGAGAAGGAUUGGAGAGAGGAAAGACAGGAGAUAAGUGUGAAUUCAUCAUCAACACCUGUGGAGCUGGAGCAGGUACCUUGGGUAUCCAGAUUGAUGGUCCAUCUAAGGUCAAGUUAGAUGUGACUGAGAUUGGUGAAGGAUACAAGUGUGUCUACGUCCCAACGCAUCCUGGAGAAUACAUGAUUACUAUCAAGUAUGGUGGUCCCACUCAUAUCACUGGCAGUCCCUUCAUGGCUAAGAUUACCGGAUCUGCAAAGGGAGGCAAGGCAGGCAGCGUUGAAACAGCCCAAGUCAUGGUAGAAACCAUCGUCAAGACAACCACCACAACAGGUUUCCAAGCUCCAGUCUUUACUUCUGAUGCUAGCAAGGUUGUUUCUAGUGGAAUGGGUCUCAAGAAAUCAUUCUUGAACAAGAAGAGUCAGUUCCAAGUCAACUGCUCAGAUGCAGGUAAUAACAUGUUGAUUGUAGGUAUCGCUGGUCCCAAGACACCUUGUGAAGAGAUUCAUGUCAAACACACCUUCGGUCAGCGUUACACAGUAACUUACCUACUCAAAGAGAAGGGUAACUAUGUCUUGAUAGUGAAAUGGGGAGAUGAGCACAUACCAGGCAGUCCAUUCAGCCUUCAAUGUGCUUAGAUGAUCAAGAUAUGAUCAGAGCAAUAUGAGAUUGCAUCUCAGCUCGGGGCCGGGCUUGGGGGCUCCUCCGAACACAUCAUCAACUUCUUCCUCGCGUUACAUAUGCAAGACAUGCACCCGGCGCAUUGAAGCUUGAUGCACCUGUACAUGUCUAAAGAAGGUUUUAUUUUAAAGCUCCAGUAUGGGAGGAUGAUAAUUAUCAAGAAGAAAAAAAGGAAAACUGCCAGAUGUUUUGUGUUCUUGUUGAUGAGAUGGAAAUUAAUAGAUAUUUCUUUUCUUUUCCACCAUUGGGUGCAUUAUAUAUAUGUCACUGAGGAAAUGAGUUGUGGAAUCUUACAUCGACUAGCAAGUACGAGCUAUUGCUUAUGAUUAUGUUCUAAAAUCAAUUCUAUUUUUCUUCCAGCUCAUUUGGUCAAUCUUUUAGCUUCCAACAUUGAAUGUUUAGUGAUUGCUAAGGUAUAUGAAAUUGUUACAUGACCUACUAGAUACAUGUAUGACUACAGCAAUUAUUCAUGUUUAUUGCAACCGUGUAUACAAGGGAUACUUUUUUAUUUUGUUAUGAUCGACUUACAAACUUAUCCCAAUAUAUAAUUUGGGGGAAUGAUGAUUAAUAAUUAAUAAUAUAAGGUGUAUUACAUAUGAAUAUUGAUAAGAAGACUGAUAUUAAUCCCUCUUUGAAAUGAUAAUGUAGAUAUUUACAAUGUAAAAUGAAAGAUUUUGUUUGCAGAGUGAAGUAGUCUUUCAAAAGAGUGGUUUUGAAAUAGUUUAAAAAUGCACAUAGCCAAACAUAAUUUUAGUUUAGGAUCUAGCCAUAUAAAUCAUGAUGGCCGGUGAUGUAGACAUUGGUCUAAUGCCUUGAUAUGAGUUCAAUGAGGUGGAUAUAAGUAUCGCCAAAAUACACAACUCAUUUUUAACAAAUUGAUGGAAAGAAUUUCAUACUUAGAUUAUUUUAGCAGGUUUGAUGAAACCCAAACCUGCUCGAGUUGCCUGAAGAAAAGAUAUGAACUGCAAAAAUGAUGAACUUUUUUAUAAUGACACUGCUAAGCAGAGAAAUUUGUAUUUUUCAGUAUUCUGAAUCUGAGUUCCACUCUUAUCCUAAUAAUAUUACUGAUAUUGUAUUCAUAUUUGUAUAACUUUUGAUAAUUGAUAAAUUGUAAUAAUAACAGUAGUAGUAUAACUCAACUCGAGCAUAAUUUAUUGUAAGUAAUGAUCAUGAAUAUGUUUAUUUUGCAUAUCUUCAGAGAUAUUGAUCUUUUACUUAAUUAUUAGUUUUGAUACAAAAUAUAUCUGCCUAAACAAUUAUCAAUAUUGUGAAUCUUGACUUCACAAAAUCAUAGUUAUGAUGGAAGAUAAAGAAAGAAUUUGCAACUUACUAUGUAUAUAUACAUGUGAAUCAGACAUUGAAAAAAGAUGGUCCUUGCAAAGAACCAGUUAAGAAUGUGAUUGUGAUUGCGAUAUUAAUGAAAUGUAUUGGAAAUGGUGUUGAUUAUGAUGUGUUAUAUUUUUUGUCGUACAUGCAUACCGUAUUUCAUGUUUGGUUUCAGUGUUUUUUCACUUUUUUAAUUUUCUUUUUUUAUGAUUUGGGAUAUGCUUUGGAACUCAGUACUACCUGUAUUUGUAGCACUUAAUUCCUAGGUGUUCAGUUUAAUAUUAGGGGAACAGUUGUCUUCCUAGGUGUUUAGUUUAAUAGUAGGGGAACAGUAAGUUGUCUUGUAGCAAAAGAUAGUUUAGUAGAUACCAAGCAAUAAGAACUUAUAGACAUGUUUAUAUGGUAUGUGUGACUACUGUCAAGUUCAUUUGUCUGUGUGAGGUGUAAUUUUUUUUUACAAUUCAUCUCUAAAAACAAAAAUAAUAACAUCGUGCAAAAUAUCUCCAUAUUGUUGUAUUGGAAGUAUCAUUUUUGUUAAGUAGUAUAGAUGGCUGAAAAGAGUGAUUACUUGCUAUUUGUGUAGAUUUUUUUUUUACUGUGAAUAUAUAUUAAAACAGCAUUAAUAUUAUUGAAUUUUAUUACAAAGCACAGUUUCUUUUUUUUUUUGGUAUGUAAUUGUUAUUAUGUAGAACAAAAUGCAAUGCUUGUUAAUUAGAAUUUAUGCAAUUGACAGAAAUAAAAUUAUGUAUAACCUUAGAUUCUUUAUGCUAAAAUUGUCAUAUAUAGUGAAGCAUUACUUAUUUAGUUAUACAAAAAUAAUCAAAAUUUAGCAUUAUUUAGCUGGUUUGUAGAAUUUAUGUGAAACUACAUAUUCUAAUUGUUGCAGUAAGAUUUAUUUGCCACAUUGUUAACAGUGAAAUAGAAAGCUAUUGUGGGGAUAUAUAAGAUGGAAAAUAAAUUCUCUGUAUGACAUGGGUUUUGAAUUAAUCAUUGGUGAUACUAAGGUAUAGCCCAAGCAAUGGGUAAAAAUGCAUUAAAAGGGAUUAUGGAGCUUUGAAACUGUA